AUGGCAAAGGAACAAGCCCUGUCUGACCAACCUGCCAAGAAGAAGAGGAAGAAGAAGAGAGGGUCGACUGAAAAGUCUACCGAGAGGCCUGCUCGGGGGUCGACUGAUGACGGUCCCGGCUCCGCGGCGGGGAACGUCUCUACUCCAAGGGAUGAGUUGGUUGAACAUCCCCACGUAGAGGAGGCGAUGGCCACAGACCGAGUGACUGAUGAGGCUCCUCCCGUUCUUCCGGGUGGCUUGGUGGAUCAAUCGUCUAAGUCUCCGUCUAGAGGAGAACUUGGGGAAGGUAACAGAACAGUGGCUACGCUGGAUCCCGUCACGGAGCCUCAAAGCGGCGUUCCUCCUCCGAGUUCUGCCCUUGGGGCUUCAUCUUCUCCGGUGGAUCGUCCGAUUACUCGGAGGUUCAAGACCGUUUUUCCGGAUAAGGUUUCCUUUUCAUUCGACGAGGCGUCCCCACUAAUCUCCAACGGACCUAGAUGUGCCAAGCUCGUCGGCCAAAUAAAGGGGGGUCCUCGCAGCCUUCCUCCUGCGGAUCAGCUGGUCUUUCCGAGCGCUUUCAAAGAUGCUUCGCGAAACUUCUUGACUGCUGGUGGCAGCUUUAACUUUCUCGUCGAGAAGUACGACUCGGAGUUUAAGAGAGUGUAUGCUGAGUCGGGCGAAGCCCGAGAGAAGGUUAAAGAUGGGAAGAAACGGAUUAAGUCGCUGAAAGCCUCCUUAAAGCGGGUUGAGGCGGAGAAGGAGGAAGCUCUCCGUCGUGCGGAGGUCAAGGCGAUGCGAGCUGAGGAUAUUUUGAGCAGGUUUGAGUCCAUGAGGGACGCGGCUGCUAAGGUCGAGAAGGAGAAGGCUGCUCUGUUCUUGGAUAAGUUCCGGUUGGAGCGCGAGAAGCUCGAACUUAUUGAGGCACAUGCGAAAGAAGCUGCCCGCUUGAGAGAGUCCCGAGUUUUCGAGGUUACCAAGGAGCGAGCUAGGGUGACCGCCGUGAUGUGCACCAAGAUGUUAGUUAGAAUGGAGCGAAUCCGCAACCGGGAGGCUUCUUUUCCGCAGUUUGAUGACGCUCGGCUGCGUUACAGCCAGGCCUUUGGUACCCGGAAAUGCCUCGAGCUCUUACAGAAGAAGGGAGAUCCGAUCCCGCAGGAGAGAAUUGAAUACUUCCGUAAAAAGGAAGAGCACUGGACGAAGAUUCAAAUACUUCUUGGUAUAAAAGAAAAUAAUUACAAAAACAAUGAUUUCUUAUAUUAG